GCCACCCUGUAUAAUAUAUAAUUUUUGUGUUACAGUUAGAAAAACAAAAGGAGAUGGAGCGACGCAACACGGGCCAGGGCGUGGCCGAGCUCAAGCGGUGGCAGGCCGAACAGGAGAUGAAGCAAAUACAGGAAGAACGUAAACGUGAGAAGUUAGAGAACAACAUGGCUCGACAGAGGAUACUGGAGCAGAUAGCUCAGGACCGCGCGGAAAGGCGAGCAAGGGAUUUUGUACCCACUGUGCAACAGACAGCCCCCGUGGCGCCGGUGACCCCCGCGACGGUGGCCGCGGCCGGCGGCGCUGCGACGUCGGGAGACAACGCCCGCGCGCGGAUCCAGUUCAAGCUGCCCGACGGCAGCAGCCACACUGCGCAGUUCCCCGCUGACAGCAAGCUGAGCGACGUCACCCGAUAUAUAGCUGACAAUUUGCAGAUGUCGGAGUCGCAAAUAUCGCUGUGGACGGCGUUCCCGCGACAGGAGCUGCAGACGGCGAGCGCGUCGCUGCGCGCGCUGCAGCUGGCGCCGUCCGCGGCGCUGCUCGUGCGCGCGCGCCGGCCCGCGCCCGCGCCGCCGCUCGCCGGCCUCGUCGCUUUCGUCACUCAAUUCUUCACAUCAUUCAUCCUAGAGCCGACACAGCAGUUUUACACGUGGCUUUGCUCGCGCCUGUUCCCCCCCGCCAUCGGCGGCGCCCCCGGCGGCGCCCCCGGCGACGCCCCCCGGCCCCCUCCGGAGGGCCCCCGCGGCUCUCCCCCUCCCGGACUCCGGAAACGCGGCAACAUCCAUAGACUACCAGGAGAGAGGCCCGGUGAAGACGAUAACAACACGUGGAACGGUAAUUCUACUCAACAAAUGUAAAAAUCUGUAUUUAACUAGUAUUUCAGAUAGUAUAGUCUGUUUUUCAGGCGGCGGAAAAACGGUCAAUGACCCCGGUCUAUUUCUCUUUGUAAUUGGAGUUUCAAUUCGAAUUUGAAAAAAGAACAUGGGAAAGAAUUGCAAUAUGUUUGGUCGGUUUAUAAAUGGAAGGUCGUUGACCUGUUUCUCGGCAUAUUUUGACACGGAGUAUAAUAAGAUUGGAAGUGGCAUCAGGUUUUCCCCAUAGACUAAAUUUAGUGGUUAAAUUAUUAUGAACAAUAUCAUAAAUUAUAUCUGUAUUGGAUUAUGAUUGUUAUUCUUAAAACAAAUAAGGCUCUAAUUGUUAUCAUAGUAAAAUAAAUUCAUAUACAAAAUUUUCCUCUGUAAACAUCUAUAUAAAAAAUAUGGUGACUAUCACUAUACCUAUAAAUGACUGAGAUCUUGUCAAAGGAAUAUUAUAUCAAUAGUGUUAGUUAUAAGAUUCAUAUUGGAAUGCAGCAUUCGAUAAUAUUCAGCUUCAAAAAGAUAUGUAUUGGCAAUUGCAAUGAUUCAAUGGCGUUGCCGAACUAUCGAUAGUUUUAAUCGACAAGGCUAUACAACCGGUAGGCCUAUCUAUCUACCUAACUAAAUAUAUCUUACUAUUGGUAAAUUACUAAUAAUAUCGAUGUCAUCGAACCGUGACGACGAUCGAUACAAUCGUAUUGCUCUGCACUAUUACAUCAACUAUCGAUUCGAGUUUUGCUCAAUCGAUAGUGAUGUAAGUAAUAUUGCAGGGAAAUUCUAUCGUUACUAUUGUUUUUUUCUCAAAUUAUCGACAGUCUAUCGAAACGCUAUCGAUAGUUGACUAUAGUGUGGCAACCCUAGUUGAGUCACAGAAUUAUGUAUAACAGAAGUGAUUAUAUUAUAUAUUCUUAUAUUUCCUCUUACUUUCAAUAAAAGCUGUUUUCUGGUCUUAUGGUAUGUUUAUCAUCUAUUGAGUUAUAAAUGAAAUUAAGUUUUAAUAUAUGACAUAUGUUAUUUUGUUCAACUAAAUUGUUGAAAGUUAUGUUGUUUAGCGAAUAAAAAUCAUUUAUUUUAACUUUAAAUUCGAUAAUGACGAGUGUGAAUCGUCGAAAAACAAAAUUUGACGUUUUUACGCGCGACACGCGCACUCGCCUAUCGGUGUAUGUGAAAAAAAAUGGGAAAAUAUAAACUAAAUUGUAUAUUAUUAUUUGAUGUUAUAAAAACAUUUUCUCAACACACUUGCUAGAAAUAUUAAGGCACACGAGACGGUUGGGAGAUUUUGUCGACUUUUAAAAGUUUCGCAUAAUACACGCGUGCAUAAAUCAUUACAUACAAGGCUUUAUUACCGCGCUCCGCUUCGCGCCGCGCUAAAAACCUAUGUAAUAUUUGCACGCUUGUAUCAUAAUACUGUUGUUUCAAUGCCAAAACUGAUAAUUGUGUUCUUCUCUCUUUCACGAAAGUACUUUCUUCCUAUGAUUAAUUUAGGUGCUAAAAUGUGGAAAAAAGUAUAUAUUAUUUAUUUAGCAUGGAAGGUAAAAAACUUAACGGUAUAAAAUUUGCGCUGAAAAGAAGCGCUUAGAAUUGACACAUUUUUGUUUCUUGAACAUAAUUCAUGUCAGUUCAUUCAGUCAUGGUUAAAUAAAUAAAUUAUUCAUUCAUUCAUUCAUUUCUGUUUUAGUAUUCGCUUAUUAAACAUUGCAAGGCUUCCUUUGCACUUCUAUAGAUCACUGUAAUAAAUUCUUAAACGUAUUUUGAUGUAUAUGCCAUACUAUUUGCACUGUAAUAGCGAAACUUAAAGAAUUGUAAAUUUAAUAAAUUAAAUAGGGGUCCA